AUGGCCAUUCUUUUUUACUUUCUUUAUUUCUUUCUUUCUUUUUUUCUUUCUUUAGAUUAUUUACUUUCUUUUUUCUUUCUCAUACAUUUCAUUUUUUUCUAUUUCAUUGCCUUUUUGGUUUUCUUCGUCCAUCUAAUUUACACUCUUCCUCUCACUCUUUCUCUGCCUAUCUCUCUCAUUCUCUCCCACUCUCUUUCCCAUUCUCUCUCACUCUCUCACUCUCUCUCUCAAACACUCUCUCUCCCUCUCUCUCUCACACACUCUCUCACUCUCUCUCACACUAUCUCACACUCUCUCUCUUUAUCUCUUUCUAACACUCUCCCUCUCUCUCUCACACUAUCUCCCUCUCUCUCUCCCUAUCUCACUCUCUCUCACACUCUCUCACUUUCUCUCACUCUCUUUCUCUAUCUCUCUCACUCCCUCUCUCUCUCUCUCACAUACUCUCUCGCUCUCUCUUCCUCUCUCUCUCACACACUAUCCCUCUCUCUCCCUCUCUCCCUGUCCCUCACUCUCUCUCCCUCCCUCUCUCACAAUCUCUCUCACUCUCUGACGCUCUCUCUAUCCCUAGCUCUUUCACACUCUCUCCCACUCCCUCUCACACUCUCUCUCCCUCUCUCACUCUCUCUCACACUCUCUCACUUUUCUCUCUCACUCUCUUUCCCCAUCUCUCUCACUCUUUCCCUCUCUCUCUCACACUCUUUCCCUCUCUCUCUCACACUCUUUCCCUCUCUCACACUCUCUCACUCUCUCUCUCUCUUCAUCUCUCAAACUCUCUCAUUCUCUCUCACACUCUCUCUCUCCAAUUUCCCGCCCUUCUUUGUCUUCAUCUUCAAUUUUUUACGCUUCUUCAUAUAUUUUCUUCAAACCAACGUUACGAAUGCACGUCACUUCAAUCACAAACGCUUCUCCAUUCUAUUUGUCUUUUACGUCCAUAUUUUCUUAUCUAUAGCUCACCCUUUCUCAUUCUAUGUCUUGCUCUUUCUUUCUCUUUCUCGCUUCUUCACUAUGCCUGUCCGUCGCUGUUACUCAAACAACACUUUUCUAUUUUAUUCUGUUCAUAUCUAUCUAUCUAUCUUUUUCAUUUUUUUUCAUUCUGUCCGUUUGCUUGUCUGUCUGUCUAUCUAUCUAUCUGUGUUAGUCUAUUCAUAUAUAUGUUGGUCUUUUAAAAAUCUAUCUAUCUAUCUAUCUAUCUAUCUAUCUAUCUAUCUAUCUAUCUAUCUAUCUCAGUUUGCUUAUAUUCUCUCUCUCUCUCUGUACACACACAGACCCAUACACACAUCUAUCUAUCUAUCUAUCUAUCUAUCUAUCUAUAUAUAUAUAUAUAUAUAUAUAUAUAUAUAUUCCACUCUCUUAAUAAUAUCUAUCUAUCUAUCUAUCUAUCUAUCUAUCUAUCUAUCUAUCUAUCUAUCUAUGUUUUUCCUCUCUCUCUCUCUCUCUCUCUCUCUCUCUCUCUCUCUCUCUCUCUCUCUCUCUCUCUCUCUCUGA